AUGGAAGAUCCCAAAAGCACCAACAUCGAUCGUCGAACCUGCAAACGGGUAGUUCCCAUGCGGGUGAUCUGUGCUGGACUUCCAAGAAGCGGAACAGCCUCUCUCCGCGAGGCGUUAACCCGCCUUGGCUUCGACCACACAUACCAUAUGAUCUCUGUUUUAUUCGAAAAUCCCCCAGAUGCCCAUAUGUGGAUUGAUGCAAUCAGGGCCAAGUUUGACGGAGUGGGAACAUUUGAAAAGGAGCAAUGGGAUCAGCUCCUCGGCCAUUGUCAGGCUGUGUGUGAUGUUCCGCCUGCUCUAUUUAUUCCAGAGCUUGUGAAAGCAUACCCAGAAGCAAAAGUCAUUGUCAACAUCAGGGAUUUUGAGGGUUGGUAUAGGUCGAUGAAUGCAACUGUUGCACCGGUCACUGCUCGCGCUGUUUUAAAAGACCCAAGCUCUUUCAAGGACCCAAGGCAGCAUACUUGUUUCGAGAUGUCCGGGUUGAUCUGGAAGAAUAUGUUCGGUGACAAGUUUUACGAAGCGGGAGAAGAACUCCAUCGCGAGCACUACGCCAUGGUACGAAGUCUCGUCCCAGAAGAAAACCGUCUUGAGUACAAUAUUAAGGAAGGAUGGCGCCCGCUUUGCGAGUUCCUUGGGGUCCCCGUCCCCGAUGAGCCCUUCCCCCACUUGAAUGACUCGAAAACUUUUAUUGAAAGAUCACUGAGGGCUUUUGACAUUGACUUGAAUGAUGAAAAUCCCGUGGAACAAAACAAAACUGCAUGA